GGUGCUGAAAGCAGAGACGCAGCUCCGCUGGACAGCUCCUGGUGCUGAAACAGAGACGCAGCUCCGCUGGACAGCUCCUGGUGCUGAAAUCAGAGACGCAGCUCCGCUGGACAGCUCCCGGUGCUGAAAUCAGAGACGCAGCUCCGCUGGACAGCUCCUGGUGCUGAAACAGAGACGCAGCUCCGCUGGACAGCUCCUGGUGCUGAACACACACACGCUUUACUCACUCAAGUACCCGCCGCUGACUGGAGUCAUGGACGGACUCUCCUGGAAACUUUUUCUGCUCUCCUGCCUGCUCGUGGCGGGAAGCACCGCGCAGGACUUCGGACAGACGCAGUUUAUUUGCACGUCGGUCCCCAAAGACAUGGACUUGUGUACCGCCACGAUGCAGAACAGCGGGCCGGCGGAGGACCUGAAAACCACUAUCAUCCAGCUGAGGGAGACCGUGCUGCAGCAGAAGGAGACCAUCGUGAACCAGAAGGAAACCAUCAGGGAACUAACGUCCAAGUUGAGCCGCUGCGAGAGCCAGAGCCUCCCGGCCGCGGCGGGGCCGGCCGGGAGGCGGCCGGGGGCCAAAAACACCAUGGGAGAUGUUUCCCGGGGCACCACGGAAACUCUGGCCCAGCUGGGACACACUUUACAAACGCUCAAACAGAGACUGGAGAAUCUAGAGCAGUACAGCCGAGGGAAUAGCACCGUGCAGGCGAACAGCCUGAAGGAUCUGCUGCAGAACAAGAUAGACGACAUGGAGAAGCAAGUUCUGUCCCGGGUCAACACUUUAGAGGAGAGCAAACCGGGAUCGAGGAAUGAUACCGACCAACGGAACCGAGUGGAAUCCACGCUCACUUCUUUGCACCACCGGAUCACAGACCUGGAGAAAGGCAAAGACUCCAGGCCGACAGACAAGUUCCAGCUCACCUUCCCCCUGAGAACCAACUACAUGUACGCCAAAGCCAAGAGGAGCCUCCCUGAGAUGUAUUCCUUCAGCGUGUGUCUGUGGAUCAAGUCCAACGCCUCCCCCGGGGUGGGGACGCCUUUCUCCUACGCUGUUCCGGGUCAGGCCAACGAGCUGGUGCUGAUCGAGUGGGGGAACAAUCCCAUGGAGAUUCUCAUUAACGACAAGGUUGCAAAGCUGCCGUUUCUUAUCAACGAUGGAAAGUGGCAUCAUCUGUGCAUCACGUGGACCACCCGUGAUGGGAUGUGGGAAGCCUUCCAGGACGGAGUGCCGCGGGGCAGCGGGGAAAAUCUGGCACCGUACCACCCCAUCAAACCAGAUGGAGUCCUGGUCCUCGGACAAGAGCAGGACACCUUGGGUGGAGGCUUUGAUGCAACACAAGCUUUUGUUGGCGAGCUAGCAAACUUAAAUAUCUGGAACAGGAAACUCUCUAUGGCUGAGAUCUACAACUUGGCGACAUGCAACAGCAGAGCGUCGUCCGGGAACGUCUUCUCCUGGACAGAGAGCAACAUUGAAAUAUUUGGAGGAGCGACCAAAUGGACCUUCGAGCCGUGCCGUUCGCUCAACUGAACUGCAUCUGAUCGGUCCACAAAGGCCUCUCUGUAUUUCUGCGCUUUUGUCCUGUCUUCAUUUGACGUUUGUUAGAGACCAUCUCAGUUAUUGUACGCUUGAAUCUGGGAUUUAUAUCAUUCUUAGGUAUUCAUGUGCAAAACAACACAUCUCAUAUUGAGGGAAAAAAAGUCCAUUCUUCUUGGAGACCUCUGUGAGAAAAUAACGGUGUUUGCUUUCCGUUUUUCUUUCUUGGAUGUUCUGUUGAAAGCACACCUAAGCUUUUCAUUUGGCUUAUUUCGUCUUGGACAGGCAGCUGGCAAUCUGCGCCUUAUGUUUGGACAAGUCACGAGCCAAGUGAGGAAUUGCAUAACCAAUCUCUCCCCUCUCCCCCUUCCUUUCUCCUUCUCCCAUUGAGAGUGGGAGAUUACGCUGUCCGUCCAAUUCUUGUCAGUGUUUUGCGCUGUGAAGUGAUGUCUGAUGCGGUACAGCUCCCCGUGACCCCUCUUUCUCCCGCACCUCCUUCCUUUUCUCUCUACUCUGGGCACCAACUCCCCUCCCCCUCUCUCACCCCACAUCCACACCCGGAACUUGCACUGUGACUGACAAAGAAGAAUGCCGGAAGAGGAGGUUACGAUAAAAGAGACUGCGAAGUCAGACUGUGGUACAAGUCAAUUUGUAAUAAUUGUUCGCUUCAAGUGUUCCUGUAAGAAUGUCGUUAACUUGCCAACAUUGCUAUGAAGCCUGGGUGCCUUGGGCUGGUUCAAGUAUUCAGCACAUUCAGUACGUUUUAAGUUGCAAAUUCAGUGUUGACUGGUUUGUGUUUCUUUUCAGAGCUGAUUUAUUUUCCCGUUCCUCUCUCAUUGGUAAAUGUAAUUUAAUAUGAGUUUGUUAACCAACAUGAUGUGUUUUGGCAGGUGUUUGUACUACUCUGUAUUAGGAAUGUUACAGUGUCUGUAUAGUAAAAGCAUGAAUGACAGAGUGCUGUGGAAGCAUUGUUGAAAUCUGCUUUACUAUCUUCUCUGGGUCUGGGUUUUUUACUGUAUUGUUAUAUGCUCCAAGCAUGGCAUAAUUGAGAGAUGAAGAAUUUAAUUUUUGUAAUAAAAUUGUGAUACUUUAUGUCACAGUGCCUUCCUUGAGGUUCGUAUAGGUAACAACAAAUAGUAAAGAGAGGGAGUUUGUUGUUAAAGAGAGCGAGAGAGGGAUUCUGAAAUGUUUGUGUGUUUGUGUGCGCUAAUGUGACUACAUAAAGUUAUUGUUUUCUUGUUGCUGCUGUAAGAUGCUUCACCAGUUAUUCUCAU